AUGCGCUUCUUAGAAAAAGGUGAUCCACUAAAGCAACUAGAGAUAAUACACUCUGGAGGGCCUUUAAACAUAGAGCAUAGCGUCAAUCAUCUGUAUAAGCAGAUAACCACCAAUGUGUGGGACAGCAUAGGAGAUAUUGGUGAUGUGGUGCAGGCAUUGCUUGGAGCUAUAGUGUUCGCAAAAGCUCCACUGUCACUCAAAUACCUGGAAGAGUAUUUUGCUGCUCGUGGCGAGGUGGAUAGCAUUGCAAUUGCAAUUGAUCGUGUGUUGGGCGAGUGGACUUCUGUAGUCUCUGUAGGCAAAGACGAGACUGUUCCCAUCGGGCAUCUGUCCUUUAUAGAGUUUCUUUUGGAUUCAGACUGGUGUCCUGAUGCAUUUCGCAUUCGCCGCAAUACAGAGAGCAGGAGGAACUUGGAUCUGUUGCGUGCAUGCAUGCAGAUUAUGCAGAACCCACAGGACGGGUUGAGAUUUAACAUCUGUGGGCUCGAGACAUCAUAUCUCCGGAACAGUGAUGUAAAAGAUGUGGACAAGCAUAUCAAGGUUAAUAUACCUGACUAUCUGAGCUAUUUGUCCCGGUAUUGGGGGGAGCACCUUGCUGACGCCAGAGCAUCAUUGGCUGUCAUAUCGCUAUUGUACAACACGCCUAGUGCCCAUGUUGUCCUAAAUGCUGUGUCACCUUCACUCAAGUUCAUUGAUGCAAAAUCAGAAGAAUAUGCACAAGAUGCAUGUCGAUUUAUUGCCAAUUUUGAUGUGCCCAUUUUUGAGAGUGUGCCUCACAUUUACUUGUCUGCUCUGCCAUGGGCACCAGACAACUCACUGGUAUCUACAGCAUGUCCACCACAUUUUUCGCAUACUAUGAAUAUUGUGUCUGGCAAGAAUAAACAGUGGCUGCCUAUGCUAAAUAUCUUACGAAGUCACCAUGGUAGCGUCACAUCUGUUGCAUUUUCCUCUGAUGGUACCAAAGUGGUUUCAGGCUCUUCUGAUCAGACAGUGAGGAUCUGGGAUGCCACCUCUGGUCAGCUAGUGGCUGGCCCAUUGGAAGGCCACACUCAGCAGGUCAGAUCUGUUGGAUUUUCUCCUGAUGGCACCAAAGUGGUUUCAGGCUCUUGGGAUCAGACAGUGAGGAUCUGGGAUGCCACCUCUGGUCAGCUAGUGGCUGGCCCCUUUCAAGGCCACAAUAGGGUUGGUGAAUCUGUUGGAUUUUAUCCUGGUGGCAAUGAAUCUACUUCAGCCUUGGUGGAUAAAAAGCACUCCAGCCAUGUAUUGCCAUAUCCAGUCCCUGUUGAUUGGGAGAGAUAUAAAGGCAUACAAGGUGACUCAGGGUGGAUAUCAUUUGAGAAUGCACGCAUGGACACACUCCUUAUGCAUUGGAUGCCACCAAACAUAAUCAGGUAUUGGUACAAUUCUCGCACUGUUCUAAUGAUUGGUGCACAUGAUACUGUCCGUGUAUCAUAUGAGCACUUUCUGCAUGGUAACAACUGGACUGCCUGUCAGACCGCCAGCUGUGUUUCAGUUUCCACUGGAUUUUACAAUGGAUGGGAAUAUGACUCUGUAGGGGUGGAAGUACUUCAUGCAUCCUCUGCGACUGAUGUGCGCAUGGAACCACAAGAAAGCACUACUCAACUGAGAUCCAUCGUGUCCAGGUUGCCAUGCAAACAGACCACUCAAGAUACCCCAAGUGCUAAUCAGCUUCAACCUCAAUCAUUACAGAGAGAAUCCAUGGUGUCGCAACCACUUAGUACUGUUCCCAACAAAGAGGCUAGACCACAAGCAUCAGGGCCAGCAUCAAAAAUGGAGGAAAAAAUCAAACUUGCUAUGUUCACUGCUGAAGAGAUUGUGGAAGAAGCUGAGGAAAUGAGGGCUCAGUAG